AUGGCUGAAGCUAAUGUGGCGCCAGAAGUCAAUGCGGUGCCCGAAGUGAUAGCACCUGAAGUCAAUGCUGCACCUGAUGCAAAUCUGCAGCCUGAAGCCACUGCCACUGCUCCUGUACCACCUCCCAGGCCACAUACUAUCGAGCAAGCAUACAAUUAUGGUCAGCUGGUCACUGUCAGAUGGCCUAUUCUGGUUCCUCCACCUGCUGCUGGUCCGCAAUUUGAUUACCAUGUCGAGCACAUGCCUCAGAGCUUCAUGAUGAACUAUAACAUGCAAGGGAUGGAUAAGAUGAUUCCCGAGCUCUUCGCAAUGCUAAAGGCUGCGGAGGUAGAAAUCAAGAAGGUGCAUCAAGUGUUGAUGGUCAACAAGACCACCAGUUUCAAGAAAAAGGGUAAAGGGAAGAAGGGGAACUUCAAGAAGAACGGCAAGCAAGUUGCUGCUCAAGUGAAGAAGCCCAACUCUGGACCUAAGCCUGAGACUGAGUGCUUCUACUGCAAAGGGACUGGUCACUGGAAGCGGAACUACCCCAAGUAUUUAGCGGACAAGAAGGAUGGCAAGGUGAACAAAGGUAUAUGUGAUAUACAUGUUAUUGAUGUGUACCUCACUAAUGCUCGCAGUAGU